AUGGGAAAUGCAGAGGACACAGAUGAAUUGAUAGGAAAAACAGGUAGUGGAAACAAACAUGGGAGCUCAGGAUACGGCAGCAGUGUGAAGACGUGGAUCCAGCCCCCCCUUCCUCCUCCACUCGGUCAGCGGCUGUCCACAUCCUGUCUGAGCCACACUAAUGCAAAGAGGAAAGAGGGCUCGUGGAAACAGCUACACUGUGAGAGGAUGGUAUCUGAUAACUGGCAUAAACGCCGCAAGACCGGUGGUAAACGCAAGCCCUACCACAAGAAAAGGAAGUAUGAGCUUGGACGCCCUCCUGCAAACACAAAAAUUGGACCCCGUCGCAUCCACACAGUGAGGGUGCGUGGUGGGAACAAGAAGUACCGUGCUCUGAGGCUGGAUGUCGGUAACUUCUCAUGGGGCUCUGAGUGCUGCACACGUAAGACCAGGAUCAUUGAUGUGGUCUACAAUGCCUCCAACAACGAGCUGGUCAGGACCAAGACCCUGGUGAAGAACUGCAUCGUGCUCGUGGACUCUCUUCCCUACAGGCAGUGGUACGAGGCCCACUUCGCCACUCCUCUGGGACGCAAGAAGGGAGCCAAGCUCACUCCUGAGGAAGAGGAGGUCCUGAACAAGAAGAGGUCAAAGAGGACCCAGAAGUAGUACAGAUGU